GUGGCCAAAGUGCAUGAAUGAGCCACUUCCCUUAAUUCCUAUAUAUACUCAUUUUUCGCUCCCUCUCCCCUUCCAAUCCAAACCAUAAGUUUAGGCAAAAUCAAAACAUAUAUUCAUUGAAACAUGCCUUCUUCUUCUUCUUCUUCUUCUUCUUCCAUUUCCAUCGUCUCAAAAUGCUCUGUUUUUCCUUAUCAACCUUCCUCGUUGAACUCUGUUAAGCUUAAGCUCUCUGUUUCUGAUCUUCCCAUGCUCUCUUGCCACUAUAUUCAAAAGGGUGUUCUUUUAUCUUCCCCUCCUUACUCCCUUGCUGAUUUCGUCUCCUUUCUCAAGCUAUCUCUCUCCGCCACUCUCUCCCAUUUCCCUCCUCUCGCCGGCCGUUUCUCCACCGAUGCUGACGGCUAUGUUUACAUCCUCUGCAAUGAUGCUGGGGUUGAAUUUAUCGAGGCUAAGGCUAAACAUCUCACCCUCCAUGCCCUUCUUUCCCCUCUUGAUCUUCCGGUUUACUUCAAGGAUUUUUUUUACUUUGAUCGGACUAUUAGCUACUCCGGCCACUCCAACCCCUUACUCGCUGUUCAGGUGACAGAGUUGGCGGAUGGUGUGUUUGUUGGGUGUACUGUCAAUCACGCCGUCACCGACGGGACUUCGUUCUGGCAUUUCUUCAACACAUUUGCUGAAAUUUGCAAAGGGACUAAAAAGAUCUCGAAUUCGCCGGAUUUUAGUAGAAACACUGUUUUCAACUCGCCGGUGCCGCUGAAGUUUCCCGAAGGUGGGCCGGUGGUGACGUUUAACGGCGACGAGCCAUUGAGAGAGAGGAUUUUCCACUUCACACGAGAAUCCAUUCUGAAGCUGAAGCUGAGGGCCAACGUCAACAACCAGGUCACCGGAAGGAAACCGGUCAACGGAUUUUACGACGCCGGCAAGAUUUUGGGGAAACAGGGGAAUGACAGUUGGAAAACGGUAGACGGGAACAACGGGACUAAUAACGAGGGGAACAUAACGUCCGUUUUGGAAAAUUUGAUUAAAACGAAUGUCCCGAGUCGGACGGCGGAGAUUUCGUCUUUCCAAUCGUUAUGCGCGCAUCUGUGGCGCUCAGUGACACGUGCGAGAAAAUUAGACGAGUCCAAAACGACGACGUUUCGCAUGGCGGUUAACUGCCGCCACCGACUGAAUCCACGGAUGGAUCCGUACUAUUUCGGAAACGCGAUACAGAGUAUUCCGACGGUGGCGCCGGUCGGAGAGCUUCUGUCGAACGAUCUCCGGUGGUGCGCCGAUCUGCUGCAUAAAAACGUGGUGACGCACGACGACGCCACCGUCCGCCGGGGAAUCGCAGAUUGGGAGAGCCAACCACGGCUGUUCCCGCUGGGGAACUCUGACGGUGCAUCAAUCACCAUGGGCAGCUCGCCAAGAUUUCCAAUGUACGACAACGAUUUCGGGUGGGGCCGUCCAAUCGCCGUCAGGAGCGGCAAAGCCAACAAAUUCGACGGUAAGAUCUCCGCCUUCCCCGGGCGAGAAGGAAACGGCAGCGUCGAUCUCGAAAUCGUCCUCUCGCCAGAAACAAUGGCUGGUCUGGAGCGGGACCCAGAUUUUAUGCAGUACGUCUCAACACCGGUAUGAUUGGUCCACCCAAGUGCGGGGCCCGCAAAGUAAAAAUCUCUUUCAACGAAUUAAUUACUUUUUAUGGUAAAAGUAAAAAGAAAAAAAAGAAUAGCCAUAUAUAUAUUUCAGAAUCGUCUCUCGAAAGGUAAAAAAGUAAAACUGAGAGGAGGCGUGGAAUUUGAUGAAGUCAUGAAGACAAAGAAAACGGCGACGUUUUGGCUAUGGUUUUUUUAUAAAACGCCUAUUAUGUUUAUGAUCAGCUAUAUAUAACUUCCCCACGCCGUCGUGAAAAAAAGGAUUCAAGAUGGUUUCUAGUGUUGCUAUGAUUAAUGGGAUGAUGUGGAUUCUUAGUCUUAGUAAUGGGAGCAAUAACCAAAAAUGGCGUGAACAAAGCUGAGUUUGAAAUGAAUAUGGUGUCGGAAUUAUAAUGUCGUGC